GAAGCAACAGCGAGAUAAAAGGCAUAAACUGUGACAUAGAAAAGAAUUGCGAAACGGUGAUUCAGAAGCAAAAAGGCCAAGAUUCGGAAUAAUUACCCGUCAGAAGCGUUUCAGAAAAGUUUCCCCGUUGUAUUGAGCACGUUUCAUCUGUGGCUCCUCCAGAAUUUAUCUGGCUGAACCUGAGGCGUAGGCGCCUCCCUCUAACGAAUUGCGCAAUUAUCGCGGCGCCCAAGCACAGAGAACAAGUGUUGCAAGCGCCUAUUAAUAAUUCACUUCCGCCGUCACAGUCAGCGGCCAAUUCUCUCAGCAACUGCAACUCAAGAUACCCCCUUAAAACGACUAUAAAUUAUUUGCAAUCCCCUUCAGACUCUUGUCCAACUUCCCACAAUUCAAUUUCCACUUUUAGCACGGACCUCUAAUUCCGACAACUUUCGCAUCUCCAUUUGAUAUCAAGAUACCCCGCCAUUUUCUUCAACCUCAAAAUUACAAAUCACCAACACAUUCACAAUGGCCGACACUCACACCUACGAGUUCAACAUCACCAUGAGCUGCGGCGGCUGCUCCGGUGCCAUCGACAGAGUCCUCAAGAAGCUUGACGGUGUCGAGAGCUACGAUGUGUCCCUUGAGAACCAGACCGCCAAGGUCGUCACCGCCCUCCCCUACGAUACCGUCCUCCAGAAGAUCGCCAAGACUGGCAAGAAGGUCAACUCUGGCAAGGCGGAUGGUGUUGAGCAGUCGGUCGAGGUCGCCGCCUAGGCGCUGCACCAAGAUAGGAGGCGAGUCGAGGAAGUAACGAGCGAUCGAUCCAUCUGAAUAUCUGUUAGCUUUGCAAGCGCUUGGGAAACAUUCGGUGUUUAUGGUCUCGGGCAACGAGAAAAGGAGGAACAUCUGUUUUCAUAAAUAAACCUCUUGACCAAUCCAGAGAGUUGAUUGAAUUCAACUUUAACUUUCAUCGUCUGGAACCUAUACCGCCGUCUCAUCAUUGUGCGUGAACUUCGAUCGACGUGUAGCACGUAUUGCGCAUAAUGUGGACCCUGAAUGUCGUAUCAAAAGUGUCAUUUCAGCAACCUCGAAGCUCAAUUCUCCCAUGUUGCCAGCUGAACAGCAUACAACAGCUCUAUCAGCCUGCUUGUUCCCGAUUUAUCCAGCCGGUUAGCAGCCGAAGGUUUAACCUUAUGGCUACAAGUACUUCCAUAGCUGAUUAAACUAGCAGGAACGAGGGUAGCUUGCGAAGAAACGCGAGAGCACCGCCAUACGCAAGCCCUUACGAGGCAACUCAACUGACUUGCUCUUGAAUAUCGUGAAGUCGUUACGCUCGUACGAAGUGCUGCGCGGGAGACACUGAACACGAUAGUAAGCGUGGGAGAGAGCAGGAAAUGCAAAUUAGUCAGUGUUUGUACAGAGAAGAGAGGUUUGAGGCAGAUGUGCAUAUGGAGUCUCCAUAGGAUCCGACUUGUACCGCUGUUUUCCAAGAAAUCGAAUGAGCAUUGUGCGAGGAUGGUCAAGAAUGGGGCGAGAAAUCAUCAUGACCAGCUGUUCGAGGGAACUUCAAAGAGCUGCAAAACCACAGAAAUAAUGAGAGAUGCAGAAAAAGAAACAAGCAAUCAUGCACGAAAUCAGCUCUCAUGUGAGCAGCUCCCUGGUCGAUGGAGCACAGCCCCUCCCUCGGACAAACGCUUCAAGUUGACACUGACGGCUCGUCGCAAUGGAAGCCAUCGCAGGCAUAUCAGCCAAUAAAGGGGCACGCACAACCCCAAGAAUACCUACCUGGUAAAGCCUGGAGUAGAAUGUUGACCAUGAUUACCCCAGAUCUGGGUAUCAUGACUCCAGAUUGUCCUCAUGAGAAGGCAGAGCCACGCACUUGGGCGCCACCUCACCGUAGCAUUAUUGGAUCAGGUAUAGCGUGAAGCUGAACGAUCCAACAUGACCCCGUGAAAUGCUUCCGUUUCUCCAGAUCCGAGAAGUCUCAUGAGGCCAACAACUUUUCAAGUCUGGGGCCCCGUAUCACAGGCAGCGCCAGGAGGAAGGGAUGCAGUUACACGCAUGGCUGGACUCGAUGGGGCUCAGCCGUUCUCAGGGUGUCUCCAAGGUCCGGGGGGCGUGCCGCAACGUCGAUGCGGGGAAAACAAUUGCGGCUCAUGCAAGUUAAAACUGCGGAGCCGCAGUGGAUGUCGUUUUAGCACUGCACGGGCCUGAUGACGGGGCCUAGAGGGAUAAGCGCGGCUUGAAAACGCGGAGGACCCAGGAACCCACGGACCCUGCCCCAGAUAUGAUGAUCUAAGGAACAUGGGGUUCAACUUUCAAGAUGUGACGACCUGGUCAAGCUAGACCCGGCUCCCCUUACUCUAGGCAGUAUCGAAGGUAAAGAUAUUUGAAUAACAGCUUUGUGCUUGAUUAUAGAACACAGACCAGCAUCAACUUCGCCUUCAAGUUUGUUUACAUCAUCUAUAGUGUUGGCUGGAUAAGCUGUGAGAGGAAACAACAAGCAUCUUCACUUACACAGAUUAUGCAAUCCUGAUUGCUCUUUCAAGGACGAAAAUCCUCGCAAGCCAAUCUCCCUCUGGACCGACAAGCGGGAGGAAAACCGACAUGGGGCAAAGCACAUCUUGACAACCCCUGCGAAGGUAUCGUGGAAGGUGGAUCUUCAACAGUUGAAGGUAGAUGAGGUGUUGCCACAGGACAAAGACUGCCUCCAAUCAUUCCCCUACCAGUUGCGUGUUCGAGAAGCAAAUGGCACUUGGCGAGGGAACUUGGGGUGGACAAGGGUGCGAGAGUGGCUAGGGAGUUUGAUCGUUAGGCUCCAGAUGCCCCAAGCUCAUUGCUCUAAGUCAAUGUAGCGUUGAUAAACAAGGUACAUCUAUCCGCAAUCGUGACUGAGACUUGUAUCAGGGUGGGUUGCGAUGGCAGUUUCUGAGGCUUGUUCUAGCAAACUGCCAAUUGCCAUAAACAACAACGCCCGGCCACCCGGAGCCUGAACGAGAAGCGUUGGCAUAGGUUGGGGUAAAACCUGACCAAUAGCGUCUUUGAUAUGCUCGUGAAAUGUUGCACCAAAUACAUGAGUCGCUUAGACAAUGCUGAAUUCAGGUGACUAACCUAGACCGUUGAAGCAGAGGAGUAACUGACUUGCCGAGCAAUUAGUUGUGCAUACAUAACAUGCGCAUGUGGUUCUGCCAGUCCUUGUUCGUGCCAUAUCUGAUGGGUUUACAGUAUACUGAUAUAAGCGAGGCACGGCCUAGACACUGUUAUACUGUCGUACCAAGUCGUUAUCAUGCAGCCUUUGACACGAUCACCUCGAGGUCUGUUGGAAAUUGUACCAGAAAUCCUGAAGAGCUGGUCUGUGGUUGGGUGAACUGCUCCAUCCCGCAAGAGACAUGUGUUGCGGCCACCAAUCCGCAUGAGUCCACAGCACUGUCCAGCGUUGGUAUAGCAGAAAUAUUGCAGGGAUUUCGAGUCAAGGUCUCUUCAGUGCGUAACGGACUGAGCUAGAGCUUCCCCGCACUUCCCAAAAGACCUCCAUCCAUCCGGCUGGGAUGAACCUUGGACCCGGAGGCGGUCCCUUCGCAUACCAGAGAAGAUAGACUCAAGUGGUGGGCGUUGCGUGUAUACCCAAGAUCUGUCUGGGGAAGAUCCUCAUUUGGAGCUUCAUGUGUGUUCACGGAUCCGAAGCUGCUUCCCAAUAGCGCUGUGCUAGAUGAUCUGGGGGACCUGCGCCAUGUCUGAUGAGAGUGCGGGGAAAAGUGAGGAUGCCUUUAGAAGUACACGCCAUGAUUGUAUAUUGAUUGACGUGGUUCUCCACUGUCAGUUGUAUAACAGCUUAGCACCGUUUUCUCAUAUUUCGUGCCUUGAUGCACCAGUUGCAGUACCAGCCACGAUGGCAUUGGCAGUUUAUACCGUAUUUUGGGGUAAUCGCCGUGGCUUUUUGGUUGAAUGACUGCAUCCCCUCCACAAGAUCCUUUCGAGCGGUUUCUAGCGCCGUUGGCUUGUUACCGGUAAAAGGGAGGUUGCAGAUGAUUCAGUGAGGGAGCGUGACAAGAAAUUCUUGGUUUGGGUUGUUGGCAGAGGGAAUCCCUUCCUUCCUCAUGUUAAGUUGUUUUGCUGAUGUCACGAAAGGAAGCUUUGACGAUCUGUUGCCCCUCCAUGCCAACGGAUCCAAUAACGCCGACACUCGG